UCUAUUUCUCUGUUGCUCUGCUGAAUCUCUCCCUCGCGGCUCCUUUGCAGAUCCCUCUGCGAUUUUCUCCAAAGGGAUCAACAGCUUGAAAGAGAAAUGGGGCUUACAUUCACAAAGCUUUUUAGCCGGCUUUUUGCCAAGAAAGAGAUGCGAAUUUUGAUGGUUGGUCUUGAUGCUGCUGGUAAGACCACCAUUUUGUACAAGCUCAAGCUUGGGGAGAUUGUUACCACCAUUCCUACCAUUGGGUUUAAUGUAGAGACUGUUGAGUAUAAGAACAUUAGUUUCACUGUGUGGGAUGUUGGUGGUCAGGAUAAGAUCCGUCCAUUGUGGAGGCAUUACUUCCAAAACACACAGGGUCUGAUCUUUGUGGUCGACAGUAAUGACAGAGAUCGUGUUGUUGAGGCUAGGGAUGAAUUGCACAGGAUGUUGAAUGAGGAUGAGCUGAGAGAGGCAGUGUUGCUUGUGUUUGCAAACAAGCAAGAUCUUCCAAAUGCAAUGAAUGCUGCUGAAAUUACUGAUAAGCUUGGCUUGCAUUCCCUUCGUCAGCGUCACUGGUACAUCCAGAGCACCUGUGCAACCUCUGGUGAGGGGUUGUAUGAGGGUUUGGAUUGGCUCUCCAACAACAUUGCAAACAAGGUAAGAUAACAAUGGAUACUUUGUUGGGAUUUUCAGGGAUCAUAAUAUGUAAACAGUUUUGGAAGUGUACUACUAAAGGGUUAACUGAUGAGUGUCAUUUUUGUUGGCCUUAUUAACUUUGAAUGUCUGAUAUAUUACAUUCUGAAGAGUUUUGACCCAUUUGCCUUAGGCCUCUAAGUUGUGAAGUAUGGAUUAUAGAUGUGAUUUCACACUAUUGAACUGUAAAACUUCUUUUAUCUUGUUCUUAUAUAUCACAUUUCUUCAAUUGCGGGGCUGAAUGAAUUGAUGAGGAUUUUGCAAGAUGGCGUUCUGGAUGCAGGGGUGAAUAUUAUCUAGUUUCUUUUUCUCUCCUCUUUUUUUUUUGUGGGACGGUUUGAGCUGUGGUUAUGCCUUUACUUUUGUGAAAGAGCCUUUAAUUUAGAACCUACUUAUGGCUAUAUUGUAAUAGAAAACUGGUUGUAAU